AUGGUUUCAUCUCUUCAACAUGACUUGUUUCUUAUUGCAGACCAGCUAGAGUCAUUCCGGAUGUGCGGCAUCGGGGCCUCAGAUGCGUCAGUAUACAUUUCUCCGUGGCAGGCUAUUAUUUUGAGAGUUGGUGAUGACUUUCAGGCUGCCAGAAAUAUCCACAGAUGUAAGGUUAGAGUUACAACACAAAAAGGCUUCGGUUUAGCAGCUGUUAUUGAGGACAUGAGAAUACGAGGUAGAAAGGACAAGGAGACCAAUGGGUGGUUGUGUGAAGACUAUGUUAAGAUGAGCACGUCAGGUGGCUCCUUCGUUUCCAAAUUCCUGGACACCGUGCUACCAGGAGACCUGUUCAAAAGUAAAACAACGAAAGAACUUUGUGGAAUCCAGCAGAACAAAGGAGAUUCAAAUUCUUCAUUCAG